CCUCGGCCGCACCGUAGCCGGGAAGAGUCCGCGGGACCUUCGCGCUACGGAGCGGCGGAAGGGUCAAGCGCCGCCGGUCUUGCGUUGCGCGGAGGCCGGCAUGCCGCGCUACGCGCAGCUGGUGAUGGGCCCGGCGGGUAGCGGCAAGAGCACGUACUGCUCCACCAUGCUACAACACUGCGAGGCGCUGGGCCGCGCCGUGCAGGUGGUUAACUUGGACCCGGCCGCCGAGUUCUUCAGCUAUCCCGUUAUGGCAGAUAUACGGGAGCUCAUAGAGGUGGAUGAUGUGAUGGAAGAUGAUUCCUUGCGGUUCGGUCCCAAUGGUGGCCUGGUGUUCUGCAUGGAGUACUUUGCCAAUAACUUCAGCUGGCUGGAGGAGAGCCUCGGGCACGUGGAGGAUGAUUAUAUACUGUUUGACUGCCCAGGUCAGAUUGAACUCUAUACACAUUUGCCAGUGAUGAAACAGCUGGUGGAACAGCUUCAGCAGUGGGAAUUCCGUGUCUGUGGAGUGUUUCUUGUCGAUUCUCAAUUCAUGGUGGAAUCUUUUAAGUUCAUAUCUGGAAUUCUGGCAGCACUCAGUGCAAUGAUCUCUUUAGAGAUUCCACAAAUUAACAUCAUGACUAAAAUGGAUUUGCUGAGCAAGAAAGCUAAGAAGGAAAUAGAAAAGUACUUAGAUCCAGAUAUGUAUUCUAUGAUUGAAGAUUCUAAUAAUAUAUUGAAAAGCAAAAUGUUUAAAAAACUGACUAAGUCCAUAUGUGGAUUGAUUGAUGACUAUGGUAUGGUUCGAUUUCUACCUUUCGAUCGCUCCGAUGAGGAAAGUAUAAACAUAGUUCUGCAGCACAUAGACACUACCAUCCAGUAUGGAGAAGAUCUUGAAUUUAAAGAACCAAAGGAAUAUGAAGAAGAUAAAUCUGCACUUGUGGAUGAGUAUUUUCAAGAUCAUGUGAAUGAGUAAAAAGCAAAUGUUGGAAAAGAGGAAGAAAAUACAUUGCUUGUGUGUUUUAAAGAAAACAAAAAACAUUCCCCUCCACACAAACAUAUUUAUUUGAUGUUUUGCCUUUAAGAUCACUAACAUUUCUAGUGAAAAGUGAGCUAUAUGACAGUUUAUAUGACAGAAUAUAGUGAGCUAUAUUACUGUUUAUAGUUCUUUUGUAAAUACAGAAUGUUCCUGGA